AUGCUGAACAACGCCUGGGGGAAACCUGAUGUCGCCACAUCGGAGAUUCAGGAUUUUAAGAAGGAUGUUGGCCAGUUCUUCGAUAAGCUCAUCUGCAAGCAAAAGGUACUCCCCAGCGCAUCCUCUUCCCUUGCCACGACUUCCUCCGAGCUUGAGAACCUGCGCUCCUCGUACCAAGAAUUGGAGACGAAGCUGAUGGAGGCGGAACAAAAGAGGGAGCAAGCCGAGAAGCAGCUGGCGGAGAAAAACUCCGAAUUGACCAGGGAGAAGGGCGAAUUUUUGCUUAAGAGGAAUGCUGACAGCGAAACCAUCAAGAAGCAGCAGAAAGAGCUCAAUGCAUUCCGCAAAUAUAUGGAGACCGCAGAGCGCCACUGGGACUUGCUGAGUGAACACAUCCUUGAGCCGCUUGGAUAUCCGGAGAAGCGACGUAAUCAAUUUCCCCGGGACGAUCUCCUUACUCUCGCAGGUGAUGAUUGCAAAGAUCUCAUCUCCGCCUCCCGGAAGAUAUGUCACAACUUGUCGCUUAAGAAGAGCCGCACCUGCGGUCUGCGCAAACUUGUUAAGAAAAUGGACAUUCUUCCGGAGCUGGUGACGGAUCUGCAAGCUUCAUCAGCCCGAGGUGCAGCAGCAAUGACCUUGACUAUGUGCUUGGCGUAUAACCCGGAGCUGGAUCUUGACCGGUUUAACCAGUUCCUAGAGAAAGAAAAGCUUAAGGGCAAUGGUAGCAACUUCACCGACUGGUUCCGUCAUGUGAGGAUUUUCCUCGCUGGCGUAAGCAUGCAAUAUGUGCUCGAUGCACCGCUAGGCUUAGAGGCAGAGCUCCAAAAGCGUUUUGAGCACCACGACCCUUGUGAUAUGAUGCGUGAGCUCAAACUUAUCUUUGAAACUCAUGCGGCCGUGGAGAGCUAUGAGGCCUCGAAACAGUUCUUUAGCUGUAUGAUGGAAGAGGGCAGCUCCGUUAGUGAGCACAUGUUGGCCAUGUCCGUACAUGCGAAGAAGCUCAGUGACAUGGGGAUGAUGAUCCCUAACCAGCUGGGUAUUCAUCGUGUCCUUCAAUCACUGCCACCAAGUUACAAGAACUUCGUGAUGAACUACAACAUGCGUAACAUGAACAAAGAUUUACCUGAACUCUUUUCCAUGCUGAAAUCUGCUGAAGUAGAGAUAAAGAAGGAGAAUCAAGUGUUGAUGGUCAACAAGACCACCAGUUUCAAAAAGCAGGGCAAGCCUAACAAGGGCAACUUCAAGAAGGGCGGCAAGAAAGUUGCAGCACACCCUGAGAAGCCUAAGGCUGGUCCUAAACCUGAGACUGUGUGGUAUUAUUGCCAGGGGAAGGGGCACUGGAAGCGCAAUUGCUCCAAAUACUUGGCCGAUCUGAAGAGCGGCCACGUCAAAAAGAAAGGCGAAUAUCUGAGUUAUGAGUUUGGCAUGCAUUUAAAGAAAUGCGGGAUACUUUCACAGUUGACACCGCCGGGAACACCACAGCGCAAUGGUGUGUCCGAACGUCGUAAUCGAACUCUCUUAGAUAUGGUUCGGUCUAUGAUGUCUCUUACCGAUUUGCCGUUAACGUUUUGGGGUUAUGCAUUAGAGACAGCCGCAUUCACUUUAAAUAGGGCACCAUCUAAAUCCGUUGAAACGACACCGUAUGAAUUAUGGUUUGGGAAGAAACCUAAGAUGUCGUUCCAUAAAGUUUGGGGUUGUGAAGCUUAUGUAAAGAAGUUACAACCGGACAAGCUAGAACCCAAAGCGGAGAAAUGCGUCUUCAUAGGAUACCCUAAAGAAACAAUUGGGUAUACUUUCUAUCACAGAUCCGAAGGCAAAAUCUUUGUUGCCAAGAACGGAUCCUUUCUUGAGAAGGAGUUUCUCACUAAAGAAGUGACUGGAAGGAAAGUAGAACUCGACGAGGUUAAUGAACCUUCUCUCAUAGAUCAGAGUAGCGCAGUGCCGGAAGAAGUUCCUGCGCAGCCUACACCGAUAGGAGAGGAAGCAAAUGAUGAUGAUCAUGAAGCUUCGAACGAGGAAGCUACUGAACCUCACAGAUCGACGAGGGAACGUACCACUCCUGAUUGGUAUGAUCCCUGUCUAAAUGUCAUGAUUGUGGACAACAAUGAUGAGGACCCUGCAACGUAUGAAGAAGCGAUGAUGAGCCCAGAUUCCAACAAAUGGCAAGAAGCCAUGAAAUCCGAAAUGGGAUCCAUGUAUGAUAACAAAGUGUGGACUUUGGUAGACUUACCUGAUAGCCGCAAGGCUGUCGAGAAUAAAUGGAUCUUCAAAAGAAAAACAUAUGCUGAUGGUAAUAUUACUGUCUAUAAAGCUCGACUUGUUAUACGGACUUAUGGUGAGGCAUGUAUUUACAAGAAAGUGAGUGGGAGCUCUGUAGCGUUCCUAAUAUUAUAUGUAGAUGACAUAUUAUUGAUUGGGAAUGAUAUAGAACUAUUAAGCAGCGUUAAAGGUUAUUUGAAUAAGUCUUUUUCAAUGAAAGACCUUGGUGAAGCAGCAUAUAUUUUAGGCAUCAAGAUUUAUAGAGAUAGA